AACUUCUCCUCCAUCUGUCCAGCCAAACUAAUCCGAUUCUCAGUUGUUUUCCGUUCCAGCUCUCACUCCGACUGCCAGAAGCUGAUCUGGAGCUCUGGACCUGUUCAGAGUCAUGGGGGUUUUAGAUGUUUUCCUCCAGCUCUCCUCCACCUCUUGGUUGGUGACUCUGGCUCUCCUGCUGCUGGUCUAUUUCAUUUCCUCCAGCUUUAGUUCUGGAAAACCUGGGAAGGAGCCGCCGGGACCGAGACCACUUCCUCUGAUUGGAAACCUUCUGCAGAUUGACCUGAGCAGACCGUACCACACGUUCCAGGAGUUUUCUAAGAAGUAUGGRUCAGUCUUCACUGUGCAUCUUGGGCCCCAAAAAGUGGUGGUUCUGACCGGAUACCAGACGGUGAAGGAGGCUCUGGUUCAGCACGACGAGGAGUUUGGAGAGCGGGAUUCAUUUCAGAUUUUACAUGACUUCAACAAAGGGCAUGGGGUUUUGUGGUCGAACGGUGACUCUUGGAGAGAAAUGCGACGCUUUGCUUUGACAAACCUCAGAGACUUUGGGAUGGGCAAGAAGGCGUGUGAAGACAAAAUCAUUGAGGAGUGUCAGCAUCUCAUUGAGGUUUUUAAGAAUUUCAAAGGAAAACCUUUUGACACAAUGCAAYCAACUAACUACGCCGUCUCCAACAUCAUCUGCUCCAUGGUUUACGGCAGCAGAUUCGAAUACAGUGACCCAGAGUUCACAUCGAUGGUGGAUCGAACCAACAGGAACGUCCUGCUCACCAGUUCUCUGUCCAUUCAGCUGUACAACAUGUUCCCACGACUCUUUAAAUGGGUCACAAGGAGGAAGGAGUUCAUAGAAACGGCUGCAGCCAAUCAGAAACAGAACUUCGCCCUCUUCAGGCGGCUAAAGGAGACGCUGAACCCGGACAUGUGCAGAGGCUUCGUGGACGCCUUUCUGGUUCGCAAGCAGAACCUGGAGGCAUCUGGUAAUAAAAACAGCCACUUCCACAAUGAGAACCUGUUAAUGACGGUCACAAACUUAUUCAACGCCGGGACUGAAACAACAUCCACCACUCUGAGAUGGGGGCUUCUCCUCAUGGCCAAAUAUCCAAAGAUACAAGACCGGGUCCAGGAGGAGGUGAGGAGGGUGAUAGGAGAUCGGCAGGUUCAGGUUUCAGACAGGAAGAGUCUGCCGUUCACCGACGCCGUGAUCCACGAGACACAAAGACUGGGCAACAUCGUUCCCACCUCGCUGCCUCACAGAACCACCAGAGACAUCACGUUCCACGGUUACUUUAUCAAGAAGGGAACCACAGUCUAUCCUGUCCUGGCUUCCGUCCUGCAUGAUCCCAGUGAGUGGGAGAAACCCCACAGCUUUCAUCCUGCUCACUUUCUGGACAAAGAUGGCAAAUUUGUAAAGCGUGACGCCUUCCUGCCRUUUUCUGCCGGUCGCAGGAUCUGCCUCGGAGAGAGUUUAGCCAGGAUGGAGCUGUUCAUCUUCUUCACCACCCUGCUGCAGCACUUCCGCUUCACUCCGGCACCGGGAGUCAGAGAAGACGACCUGGACCUGACGCCACGCGGAGGCAUCACUCUCAGCCCUGUGCCUCAUCAACUGUGUGCCGUUUCUCAGAUGUGAAGAAGAAUCAACUGUUCAUGCAAAGCCUUAUUUUAUGAACCUUUAUGUCUAGAGAACAAUCUCAAAAACUAUAUUUGUGAAACAGACACUGUUCAUGCUUAUUAAUCAAUGAAUAAAAAUCACGCAAUGAGUCUAAAUAAGUCAUAAAAAAGGAUUUAAUGUUCCAUGACAUGUGGCUAAGCUAAGCUUAUUCCAGAAUGUGAUAAACCAGCAAAAUGAUUAGAAUUACAAA